AUGGCCGAAUCUUGGCUGAACAUUCCCUCUGAGAGCGACUUUUCACUGAUUAACAUCCCCUUUGGCAUCGUCACAUAUUCUGGUGCACCAACACCCCGUGUCGCCGUCGCUGUGGGUGACCAAGCUCUCGACCUCGUCGUGUUCUCCGAAUACGAUGGCUUUUCUGGGCUGCCAGACAUCCAGCCAUACUUGCAUGUGUUUGACGAGUCCACGCUCAACUCCUUUGCGGCGCUCGGCCGGCCAUUGCAUAAAAUUGUCCGCAGCUACCUCCAUGAUGUGUUGGUGAAAGACGGUCCUUUCCGUGAGCGCUUGCAAGACAACGCACAUCUACGGAGCGCCUGUCUCGUCCCGCUGGCGUCCAUUGGCGACUAUACGGACUUUUAUGUCGGCAAACAUCAUGCGUUCAACGUUGGUGUGCUCUUCCGCGGUCCAGCCAAUGCACUGCAGCCCAACUACACUCAUCUUCCCGUUGGCUACCACGGCCGCGCCUCGUCGGUUGUCGUCUCGAGAACGCCUGUUCGCCGGCCAUGGGGACAGAUCCUGGAUGCCGACAAGAAAACACCCAUCUACCGCCCAAGUAAGCGCCUCGACAUUGAGCUGGAACUUGGUGCAUUUGUGUGCAAGCCCAACCGUUUGGGUGUGCCCGUCCCACUCGUCAAGGCCGAGGACCACCUUUUUGGUUAUGUUCUACUCAACGACUGGUCAGCCCGCGAUAUUCAGGCUUGGGAGUACGUCCCGCUCGGCCCAUUCAAUGCAAAGAACUUUGCCUCGACCAUUAGUGCCUGGGUUGUACUCGCCGACGCGCUUGAGCCGUUCCGCACAGACGGUAUCGAGAACACAAGUGAGCUGCAGGCAUACUUGAAGCCCGCCGACGGUAGUGCUAAACCCGUGUUCGACAUCAACCUAGAGGUUGCUCUACAACCUGCAGGAUCCAAUUCGCCAUCUGUCAUUAGCCGUUCCAAUGGCCGCCACCUCCUCUGGUCCUUUUCUCAAAUGUUAGCCCACCACACCGUUGGUGGCUGUCCGCUGAAUGUGGGAGACCUUUUGGGAUCCGGUACCAUCAGCGGACCCGACGACGGGAUGCAAGGCAGCCUGUUGGAGUUGACGGCUGGUGGUUCCAAAAUUAUGGAUGUUGGCGGGGUGGAAAGAAAGUUUCUGGAGGACGGCGACGAGGUCGUCUUGCGUGGCUGGUGUGAAAAUUCAAACGGCCAACGUCUUGGAUUCGGCGAGUGUCGGGGGUGUAUCCUCCCAGCAUGGCCGGAUGGAGUUGCAGAGGAAUGA